GAGCAUGGUGAGAGGCCAUUCAAGCCAUAUAGCAUAAAGUUUUCAUUGUCUUUCAUUUCAUAUACUUCAAAAUUAUUAUCCUAAGUUGUGAAUUCAAGAAUUUCAGAUGAUGCAGAUAACACCGGUGGGAGGGAGGGACAUGGAAUUGGAAGAACCGAAUGACAACAACAACAGAGAGAUAGAGGACGUGGAAGAAGUUCGCGAUGACAAUGGUGAAACUGAGUUUCCAAAGAGGAUACCGCCAUGGACAAAGCAGAUAACAUUUAGGGGAGUCAUUGCAAGCUUUGUGAUUGGCGGCAUUUACAGCUUGAUAAUCAUGAAAUUAAACCUCACAACCGGGCUUACCCCUAAUCUUAACGUCUCUGCUGCCCUCCUUGCAUUCAUAUUCAUGCGUACUUGGACUAAGCUUCUUGACAAGGCGGGGAUUGUCACUGUUCCAUUCAACCGCCAAGAGAACACCAUGAUUCAAACUUGUGUGGUUGCUUGCUAUGGCAUUGCUGUUGGAGGUGGAUUCGGGUCUUAUCUACUCGGAUUGAACAAGAAGACAUACGAUCUUACAGGAGGGGCUGGCACUACAGGAAAUUCACCAGGGAGUUACAAGGAGCUUUCACUUGGUUGGAUGUUGGGAUUCUUUCUCAUUACUUGUUUCAUUGGUCUUUUCGUCUUGAUUCCUCUCAGGAAGAUCUUGAUAAUCGAUUACAACUUGACUUAUCCAAGUGGUGUGGCAACCGCGGCUCUCAUUAAUGGAUUUCAUAAUCAAGGAGAGAAGACGGCUAAAAAGCAGGUGCGCGGGUUCACGAAAUUCUUCUCAAUGAGUUUCUUGUGGGCCUUUUUCAAGUGGCUUUACACUGGAAAAGAAGUUUGCGGGUUUCAACAGUUCCCUACUUUUGGGUUGAAAGCAUGGAGGAAUACAUUCUACUUCGAUUUUAGCAUGACUUACGUGGGAACUGGAAUGAUCUGUUCCCCAAUUGUGAACAUAUCAACUCUUCUUGGAGCUGUGAUUUCAUGGGGUAUCAUGUGGCCACUUAUGGGUAAGCUUAAAGGACAAUGGUUCCCAGCCAAUAUACCUGAAAGCAGCAUGCAGAGCUUGCAAGGCUACAAGAUCUUUCUCUCCAUUGCUCUUCUCUUAGGUGAUGGGCUCUACAGUUUUGUCAAGAUUAUUUGUAUCACAUUCUUAAACGUCCAUGUCAGAUUCAAACAAAGGAACAUCAACCCAGCUGCGGGUGAUCAAAACAAGUCGCGUGACGAACUAAAAAAGAACGAAAUCUUCAUCAGAGAAAGUAUUCCCAUGUGGAUAGGAGCCAGCGGAUACGGUCUCUUCAUUGUCAUCUCAGCAAUCGCAAUCCCCUUCAUAUUCCCGGAGCUCAAAUGGUAUUUUGUGAUCUUAGCCUACAUUUUCGCUCCGGCCUUAGCCUUUUGCAAUGCAUAUGGAGCUGGUUUAACAGACAUAAACAUGGCUUUCAAUUACGGUAAAGUUGGCCUCUUUAUCCUCGCGGCAUUAGCGGGCAAAGAACACGGUGUGGUGGCAGGGCUAGCAGGUUGCGGGCUCAUUAAAUCGGUUAUUUCAGUUUCUUGCCUUCUGAUGCAAGACUUGAAAACCGGACACCUCACUCUCACAUCCCCACGAGCCAUGCUUGUGAACCAGGCCAUUGGCACGGCCAUUGGCUGCAUUGUAUCUCCUCUCAGCUUCUUCCUCUUUUACAAGGCGUUCAAUGUUGGAGACCCAAACGGAGAAUACAAGGCUCCUUUCGCGAUUAUUUACAGAAACAUGGCGAUUCUAGCAGUUGAAGGGUUAUCGGCUUUGCCUAAUCAUUGUUUACAGCUGUGCGGUGGGUUUUUCGCCUUUGCUGUUGGGAUAAACUUGGUGAAGGACAUUUGUCCUCCGAAGAUUGGGAAAUGGAUGCCACUGCCAAUGGCGAUGGCGGUGCCAUUUCUAUCAGGAGGCUAUUUUGCAGUUGAUUUGUGUGUGGGGACUUUGGUUGUGAUUGUGUGGCAAAAAAUUAACCCGAAGAAGGCAGAGUUGAUGGUACCGGUGGUUGCAUCUGGUUUGAUAUGCGGUGAAGGGCUGUGGAUACUGCCUGCCUCGGUUCUUUCUUUAGCCAAAAUUUAUCCUCCAAUGUGCAUGUCAUUCUCGGCUUCUUAGACCCAACCAAACAACCUCUUACUCUCUGUUGUGGAAAUUAUAAUAAGCAUUUUGUUUUUGAAAUUUACAUUUGCUGGACAAUUUGUUUGUUUUUUUGGGGGGAUUUAUUUACGUAUAAGAACUCCCACCCA